AUGGAACUCCCAACGAUUGAGCAACUGAACCUGCAAGCAAGUCCAUCUGAGAUCAAGGAAUGGGUUGAACGGUUUGAGCUGUGCUGCAGAAUUCGCAAAGGUGAUGCACAGAACCAGUCAGCCCUAUUUCUUUCUGCUGGCGGCCGUGACCUCUUCUCCCUGUUGAGAAACCGGGCGUUCCCUGAGGCUCCAGCCAAACUACCAUUUGAGUCCCUGAAAUUGCUACUGCUCAACCACCUACUGCCGACUGAAUUCCAAGCACAUGAAAGGGCCAAAUUCACCUCCGUGAUUCUUGCCGAUCAUUUUUUCUGCCGUGAAUUCAUCCUUCAGUUAAACAAACAAGCAUCACACUGCAUUUAUGGUGAUCGCCUGGAAGAACAAAUGUGUGACCACUUGAUGGCAGACAUCAAUAAUCUGACUCUUCAACGAAAGUUGCCGGAGAAGAAAAAUUUAACUUUUGCCGAUGCCCGCAAGAUCUAUGAGCAACAUGACGACCUGAUGAAAGCCACUUCCAGUGAAUUAGUCACAUUAUUCCAACGNCCUCCAUUGCCCACGUGA